UGCGGAACGCAGAGUCGGCUGCGCCUGCUUUGCGGUUCCCAGGCGCUAGCGCUGGAGCCCGCGCGUUCCCGGAACGAGCACUGAAACUGCUGGGGCCCCGGAGAGGGGAGGCGCUCAGAGACGGGGCUGCGGCAAUCUCACCGCCAGCGGAGGACCAUCCCUGCGGUGGACCGAGCUGCGAGAGGAGGACAAGGGCAUGCUGGGCGGCGGCAGUGACGCGGGCCUGGCCACCGCCGCGGCGCGGGGACAGGUGGAGACGGUGCGGCAGCUCCUGGAAGCCGGCGCGGAUCCCAACGCCGUCAACCGCUUCGGAAGGCGCCCGAUUCAGGUCAUGAUGAUGGGCAGCGCCAAGGUGGCGGAGCUGCUGCUGCUCCACGGAGCGGAACCCAACUGCGCCGACCCCGCCACCCUCACCAGACCUGUGCAUGACGCGGCUCGGGAGGGCUUCCUGGACACGCUUGUAUUGCUGCACAGGGCAGGGGCGCGGCUGGAUGUGUGUGACGCCUGGGGCCGCCUGCCGGUGGACUUGGCCGAAGAGCGGGGCCACGGCGAUAUUGCGAGGUAUCUACACGCCGCCACUGGAGACUGAUGGCGGGUCCCCUCGGCCUCUCCAAGGACUUUUUUUCUCCCCAGCCCCAUCUAGGAAGACUUCGAGCAUGAAGAGGAUCUGCGCAUUGCCUGCAGGCCUUGCAGAACUUUGAACCCUACCCAGGAAGGCAAAGCCAAUCAGAAAUACUGUCCAAAGUGUUUUCUGCAGCUGGAUCUGGCUCCCUGUCCUCACUCUGAAGUGAAAGGGCUCACCAAGGAGAUUUGGUGUGAAGUUCCCAGGACCCUUUAUCUUUCAGGUGUAAAAUAACGCAGGAAGUUCUUGAUGCUGUGGUGGGAACUGGAGGAAGUGGUAACUGACAUUCGGGUGGGGGCAGUGAGCACCUUCCCCCGUGAACUCCAAAGGCAGAUGAUCUAGAAGGAAAACAUGAGACUAGAGGAGAAGCAUUGAAGUGGGUCCAAGGCUUUAUGCACUGUGUCAUCUGUGGUGAUUCGCCUGCCAAAUGGCAUGCUAUAGAAACUGAAUUCACCCCAGCUCUAUCAGGAAAAUAGUGGAAGGUGAAGACAACAGAUCUCUGCUAAACUCUGUGGGUCUGGGUCCCAAUAGACUCAACAUGUCCAAAACCCAAUGGUGAAUCAUAGUAUGUAGUAAUUUGCUCUCUGUAAAUAGUUUAAUAAUCCCUUUAGGAACUUCACUACAUUUGAGUUGUUCUUUAGUAACAGUGUAUUUAACGGGGAAAACUUUUAACAGUGUAACUUCUGGUCCUCAGCAGAGGUGAGAUUGACAUGCCCUUUGUUUUGGGUUGGUUAGUUGAUUUUGGUUUGUGCUUUUGUUUUUUCCUUCCUUUUUUUUUUUUUUUUAAGUUAGCACUUAAAGCUCAAGCUUUUUUUGUAGCUCAAGCUAACCUGAGUCAGGAUACCCCUGCCUUAGCCUCCUAAGCACUGGGCUUGUAGCAUGCUCCCUCUCCUGAAGUACAGCUUCUCAUGGAACUAUGACAGGACACACAGGGCACAUUCCUGGUGACAAUGCACACCCUGCUUUUGUCAUUAACCUGUUUAUUUCUCUGUCCAUGGUUUCUCACGGCAACUAUUCCAGCUGUCCUGUUAAAUGCUAGGUGUGUUUAUCUGGUCAUUUACCAAGGGCUGUGUCAAAAAGGUUACAGAAACGGAAGUUGAGUAGGAACUUACUGAAUUAAACAACUCAUGGGCAGCCUUGGUGUCUACAAACCAAUUGUGGAUGCACUCUGUGGGGCUCCCAGUGGGGCUCGAUUCAUUAUAGCACUGAAACAAUUGAUACACCACUGUUUUAUUAAAUAAACAGUAUAGAUAGACCAA